AUGGCGAGCGGGAACGCGGUGGUGGUGUUCGGCGCCAGCGGCUGCUGCAUGUGCCACGUCGUCAAGCGCCUGCUCCUGGGCCUCGGCGUCGGCCCCACCGUCUACGAGCUCGACCAGAUGGCCGGCGCCGCCGGAGGGAGGGAGAUCCAGGCGGCGCUGGCACAGCUGCUCCCGCCGGGGCAGCCGCCCGUGCCGGUGGUGUUCGUGGGCGGCCGGCUCCUGGGCGGCGUGGAAAAGGUGAUGGCGUGCCACAUCAACGGCACCCUCGUCCCGCUCCUCAAGCAGGCCGGCGCGCUCUGGCUCUGA